CCUGUUAGUGGUCACAUGACCCGGAAAAUGUGGGGCUUAAUUCCUGUGUUGGACUGCUCUCAGCUGCUGCGCUUCUGCCCUUCGCAGUGCAAACCGCACGUCUUACGAAUCGCGACCCCCGACCCACGGGUGGACUCUCCUCUCUGCACCAUGUCAGACGAAGCUUUUGUGACGUUGGCCACAACCGACAGCUACGCCAAAGGAGCGCUGGUUCUCGGCCAGUCGUUGCGAAACCAUAACACUUCCAAGAAACUGGUUGUUCUGGUGGGACCUCAUGUGGCAGAACCUUGCAGAGAAGCACUGGGCUCCAUUUUCGAUGAGGUGUGUUUGGUGGACGUCCUGGACUCAGGUGAUGUGGCCCACCUGGCCCUGAUGAAGCGUCCAGACCUGGGAGUGACCUUCACCAAACUGCACUGCUGGACCCUCACACACUACAGCAAGUGUGUGUUCAUGGACGCAGACACACUGGUUCUGUCUAACGUUGACGAACUCUUUGAGAGGGAGGAGCUCUCUGCAGCUCCAGAUCCUGGCUGGCCCGACUGCUUCAACUCCGGAGUUUUUGUCUUCCGACCGUCUAACGAAACGCACGAGCAGCUGCUGACGUUCUGUGCUGAGAAUGGCAGCUUCGACGGUGGAGAUCAAGGGGUUCUCAACAGCUUCUUUAACACCUGGGCAACGGCAGAUAUUUCUAAGCACCUUCCCUUCAUCUAUAACCUCAGCAGUAUCGCCAUCUACUCCUACCUGCCUGCCUUUAAACAGUAUGGUCACAACGCAAAGGUGGUGCACUUCCUGGGUGCCGUCAAGCCUUGGAACUACUCUUAUGACUCUCAGCGGGGCGAGAUGAAAGGUCACUCCCUGUCACCCGGCCAGGGUAGCCUCCACCCCGACUACCUGCUCAUGUGGUGGCAAUUGUACACCAGACAGGUGCUGCCUUUGCUCCAGAAGGCCUUUGGAGAAACAGACUUCAGCAGCGGCUUAGAAGAGUCCGACCAGAACGGAAAACUCAGUGAGGAGGUGAGUGAACAGCCACCGUCUCCUUCUCCAGCCUCUUCUUCUUCUCCUCCUCCACCUCCGCAGAAGCGUUCGUCAGAGGAGAGGAAGCAGCGCUGGGAGGCGGGGCAGAUCGACUACUUGGGCGAUGACGCCUUCGCCAACAUCGAGCAGAAGCUCGACUCCUUUUUGAAGUAGCAGGCGGACAGAGGGGGUGUGACGGACGGAGGCAGCGCCACGUGAAGCUCUGGCUGUGAGGGCGGCGGGUGUUCCACCACACCACCGCUCGGCCCGUCACUGGAGCUUGAUCGGCAGGUGACUGAACAAACUCUUGGCCUCACCCUCUGCAUCCUGUCAGUGUGACGGAAUGACGGAGAGUAGAGGUUCCCACGCACUUAUCAUUCACUUUAUUUCUCCUUAAAAAGAGAAGGCUUGACAUUUUGGGAAAAGGAGCUCAAUCACUAAAGAAGGAUUAAUAUAAUUAUAAUUAAUAAUGAUAGAUUUGAAAAAAUGAUAAUGAAGUGAUGUAGGGGAAAAAAAGACAGGAAACAGGGCAAUCGACAUUCUUCCACAAAUGUUUGUCUCAGUGACCAAGUCUGUGUCUGCCUCCAUCUCACUCCAUUCCUUCUCUGUUCUUCUGUUACAAGAACCUUCUUGACUGAACAUCAUCGUCCCACACAAAUUUCUGGAAACCCCAGAAUUAGUUUUUUUUUCAGUCACGUGAUCGCAGCUAUCAAUCAAUGCUCCAGCUCAGAUAUUGAAAAAAUAUUUUUAUCAGUAAUUUUAACUAGUAGACAUUUCAGGCGACCCCAUUAGAAUUAGAAUUCUAGGCCAGUGAUUUUCAAUGGGUGAGGGGCACCUCCCCUGGGGGGCGCCAAAGAGUCACAGGGGAGGAUUGCAUAAAGUUGCAUGCAUGAAGUGAAAUUAUUUGCUGUUGCAAAUAAUCGUUUAUGAAUGCCAUUUUUAAAAAGUUGUGAAAAUGAAUCGUUUUCAGGUACAUUAUACAAACUCAUCAUUGGAACACACAGAAGAUGCAGUUACGCCAAUGGUGUGUGUGUGUGUGUGUGUGUGGGUUAGGGCAGACGGACAGAAGGAGACUCACAUUCACCCAAAAAAAGCUCUGUUCUAGGCGCCCCCAAGGUUAAAAAACUGGCUUGACUGCUAUUCUUCAAAAGUUCCCAGCUUCCUUCCUGGGAACUUCACCACAUUAGACAUUACAGUAGAUUGCGAUGUUUCCACCAUCCUGUCGGGAACUAUUCCUCUCGUCUUUCCUGACUUCAUCACUCCCAGUGAAAAUCUGAGCAUCUUCAUCUUCUUCACCUCCACCUCAGUGCACUCAGUCUGUUAGACAGAGCCACUGUCUCCAAACCACACAUCAUAGCAGAUCUCACUACUGUCUCAUAACCCUGAACUUUCAACUUUGCAGCUUUUCUUCUGUCACAACUCUCAGCUGACACUCGUCUCCAUCUACUCCACCCUCUUUUACUUCAUCCAUGCACAGUCCGUAGCUGUGGUUGGUGGACUGUUGAAACCUCAGUUCAUUAUUGACGUGACGACCGACCAUUUCAGAGUUAAGUUAAUAGCUAGUUAGUUAAUUAGUUACACACGUAUUUGAAUACAUUUUGGUCUCCGUGUGGUUGAGUGGGUUACAAAAGUGUUUUCCCUGUUUCCUGUGGUUUAAAUUCAAAACAUCAAACUUCCCAAAAUGCCUCGCUGUUCUUUUUGAGUGUAUGAUACGUAUGGAUUGAUAAUCCUGCGUCUUCCUAAAACUGUGGAAAAAUUCCAGCAACUAUGAAACCAGGCAGUGGGCCAAACCAAAACCUGUGUAACCCACGACUUCAUCCUGGUAGUGAGUCACUGUACUGAAGCAGAUUAGGGUUAAAAACGCUGUAACAGCUUCGUAUUCCUCUUCCUCCGUGUUCUCAUUCUUAGCCAGUUGUGACAAUCUCAUUCCCCUCAGCGGUUCCAUCGUACUGUAUCUGUGCCUGGUGUUGAGCCGUGCUUAUGUUGCGUUUGCAUGGCAGUGUUACAACGUCACGGAAAUCCUCCCUCAUCCUAAAGUUCUCUUGUACUUGUGUUUCUGUGUGAAUUGAGAGACGUGUCAUCAACGCUGUGCAUGUUACAACCGGACCAGACCUAAAGCUUUCAUCACUUCCUUUUUGCAUUUCAACCGGCUGCCUUACUGUCAUUCCAGUGUUACAACAGUGCAUUUACUGUAACUGCUGCUAACAGCACGGCAAAAAGACUUUCAUUGAGCCUCUUCCUCACUGUUGACCUCACCCCAGCAUGUGUGCUCCCUAACUGCUACUGUAACUGCUAACGAUAAGACGAGUACUGUCUAACUCCAACGUACAAUCUUCUACGAGAUGCUGACUCGUUCGCUGAUUCCUGAAAAGCACCAUGGUGGAAGUGUAACAAAGUAGUCUCUGAUUCAUCUGUUCACUGCCAACACUGUUAAAGCACUAAUAAAGUCAAAUCUGGUUAGAAAAAAAAAAAAAAA